CCACCCCGACCACUGCCUCGGCCGCUGACUGACUGCUCUCACUGGGUCCUCGGCAGCUGACUCUCGCGGCGAGUCGCGCUGGGAGGCCGAGGAAAGGACUGUGGUCCCAUUCUGCAGACAGAAGUUAAGGUGUAGAGUGGGGAGGAGCUUUGCAUCCCAGCUCCCAGCGAGAUCCUGGCCGUGGAGUUCAGGUCUCCCGCUACCGGGCCACUGUGCCUCUGCCUCAGAUGUCAAAGGAAGGGGUUGGACGAAAGCAUUAGUCAGAGCUAAGUACACAUUUAGAAGCCAAGUCAUGGAUCCACCUUCACGUAAAGAAAAAUCCAAAGUUAAAGAACCUGUCAGCAGGGUGGAGAAGGCUAAGCAGAAAUCAGCCCAGCAAGAGCUGAAACAAAGACAGAGAGCAGAGAUCUAUGCCCUCAACAGAGUCAUGACAGAACUGGAGCAGCAGCAGUUUGAUGAGUUCUGUAAACAGAUGCAGCCUCCUGGAGAGUGAUCCAGCCCUGUGUUCAACCCCCUGGGACUGUGGAGGCCUUUUUCACGAGCUUGUUACCAGUGUUAAGCUCAGAUGGCCUAUUUGGAGCCUUGCCGAACUAGAUGAGACAUUUGUGGAUAAACCUGAACCUUCCGCUUCAUGGUCUUCCACUCUGACUUGGCCCAGUGCUCACUGAAGAGACUUCUUUUCUUCUACUAAGAUAAUAGACCUUUUUUUUUUUUUUUUAACUUUUCUAUUAUUUGAGGAAAAUCAGUGUUUCUUGUGAAACUGUGUAUCUUCAAAAAUGCAAAUAAAAUAUUAAUAAAAUG